CUGAAACGAGAAAUAGCCCCAAAGUGCUGAGGGAGGGAGAGUGUAGACAAAUGAUAACACGUGUAUUUGUUUAUAUCACGUGACUACCUUUCAGUCACGGGUCACUGCAGCGAAAAUAUUUCCUCACAGCUAUCGAGCAACUAUGGCGGCAGAGGAGAUAGCUAUUACUUCAGAAAAGCUUACACAGUUGAAGCAAGAGGCUGAAAAUGGAUCAGAGGAAUCACAAGUAUUUCUGGCUAAAUAUUUCCUCCAGUUGGCUGAUUCAGGCAUUGAUACUGAGGAGAAUAAGACCCAGGCAUUGGAUUGGCUGAUUCAGGCAUCGAAACAAGGAAGCGAAGAUGCAACAGAUGUUUUGAAGAAAUAUGUUGAUCGUGGAAUUGAGAUUGAUGAGAAUCGCUCCCAGGAGAUCAAAUGGUGCCUGACAACGAGUUCGGCGGAGAAGCACAUUCGCCAGGCUGCUCGGAACCUGUUCCAUCGCCUAAAUACGUCUCACAAGAAUGUCAUAUCACGCGAGGAAUACCUUGGGGCUGUCAAAUCAGUCACUGAUAAAGUCCAGGAACAAAAGCUACUCAUGGCUGCAGGUAAAAAGAUUGGAGACAACAUAACUGAGAAUGAUUUUGUGAAAAUGUUAUCCAAAAAGAUCCAAGGGAAGAUAACUCUAACUUCAGAUGAACUUGCGGAAACAAACAUAUCUUAUGAGUCGGCUGGAUAUACAACUAGAAUUCUCAAGUACCCUAAGCAGACAGUGAGUGUGAUUAUUGACCAAGCGCUGGAGUUCUCCUCAAAGGAAGGCAUGAACUGGGUGAUCUCACUGAUCCCAACCAACCAGCUCUACCUUCUCGGCCUGCUUUUCAUCUACAGUUUCCUUACACCAGCCUUCUUGUUGUUUCUUGUCCCCCUGUGCAUAUUUUACUUGUCUUUCACAGCCUUGGUGAUGUCGACCCUGCAGAUGUUCUAUAAGAAGAAGAAACGAUCAGACGCAACCACUCUAGCCAGCAUCUUGAAAGAGUAUGACGUCACCAUCGACUUAGACAAGACAGAGUCACAGUAUACUUGGAACUCAAUGAUGCCAUACUUGGUGUUCUUCGGCAAUUUGCUGGUGGCCAUUGCUUCGUUUGCUGUAGCGAACAAGUCAUACAUACCUUGUGCUGAGGUCUGUAUUGUUUCUCUUGUCAUGACAGGCUUUUGUUUCUUUGGUCUAAGUGACCAUCAUGACAAACUGACAAUAUUUGCCAUGAUGUCCAACUUCCUGGCAUCUCUUCCAGUCUUUCUGCAUGUCCCCAAUGUCCCAGUUUUAAAACAGGCUGUUGGUCUUCUUACACAACCGUUCUUUGCCUUCGACAUGGGAUUUGGUGUGAAACUGAAUAUCAGUUUCCCAUCUGUAGCUUAUGCCAUUAUACCACUGUUUUUUUUAAGAAUGGCAAUGCAGAAAUCAUGGCAGGGAACCUACAGAGUUUUGAUUCCACAUCUAGUCUGCUAUUUCUGGUGGAAUUUUGUGACCUCGACCUUCCCAUUCACCUCAUGGCUUGGCCUUAUUCGAGCGACAUUUGGUUAUCUUCUUCUUCCUAUCAUUCUACCAGUCAGCUUUGUGGGCUUUCUUGGUGUGGCAGGUUUCGGAAUCUACAAGGCUUUUCAAUCAGCCAUGAUCGGCAAAGUCAUCAUCACGGUCUGUUUGUUGGCAGUUCCUGCUGUGCUCUCACAGACCAAAUCAUUGUUUGGGAAGAAUUUUAAUGCCAAGAUAGGCAUCCCUAAGAAAGUUCUGAUGAUUGUUUUCUCUUUGUUGGCCAUUGUUCCUUUGAUUUUUGUUCAACUCCCAUCCUUUGAGACUAAACAUGCUGUUCCUCUAACCUGGAACAGCUAUUCGAAGCUCUGCAUACCGGGAUCUGAUCACUCAGUUGCUGCAACACAGAUGAAGUGCAGCUAUCUGACAGGCAUGAAGGUGAUGUGGAUGGGAACACUUCAAACUGUAGCAGUUGCCAAAACAGAAAACACUGCUGAAUCUGUGUUUAAGAGUUUGCCAUCCUUCCUGACCAAACCUCUUAAAUGUAUUUUCGGAGUCAGGUUUGAAGACUGUCAGAAAAUAUUGAAUGAGCAAAACCGUGAACUCUGUGAGAUAAUAAGAACACGUGGGGAGGACUGCCAUGUGAAAAACCAUGAUGAAUACCAGUUUGAACUGUCCAUCAAUAUUGAUGAUGUCACAAUUAAAUUAAGUGCAGGCCAUGAUUUCAACAGCACAAUUCUAGCACUUAACCACGGAGAGGAGGUGAAGUUUAAUGCCACUCUUGCAGGUAAUGUUGGUACAUCAAGCCCAAAGCUGAAACUGACCUCUAUAACCUCUCUAAACCGACUUGACAUGGUGACCAUGACCGUGUUGGAAGAUGAUCAGGACUUGUACAUGAAUGUCAUGCAGGAAGCCAUUUCUGUUACCUUCAACUUCAUCUGGUUUCCUGUAUUUGAAUACUCAAUCAAAUAAAACUAUGCACAUUGACAAACCUGCUGUAAAAGCAUCUUGUAUAAAUACCACCUCAGUAUAUAAUCAAAAUAUAACAACCACACAUUUGUAAAGGGAAUGUAGUACAAAAGCCACACAAUAAAGGUGCUAUAUCAAAGAUGCAUAAUAUUGGUUUCUAUCAAAAAAAUAUUAACUUUUUUUUUUUUUUUUUUUUUUUAAUGACAUGUCUAGAGCAUAUUGAUUUAUUAUUCAUUGGUUAUUGGAU